AUGGAGAACAAAUUCCUUCACCAAGCCAUUGACAUUGUCCAAAAGGCAAUUGAAGCCGAUGACAAGGACGAACACGAGUCCGCGUUGGCGCUAUACAAAGAUGCCCUGGAACGAUUUACCAUGGGAAUCAAGCACGAAAAGAAUCCCACUCGCAAAAAGAUGGUAAUGGAAAAAGUAGAAGGAUACAUGAAUCGAGCCGAAGCAUUGAGAGAAAUCAUAAAGAAGGAAAACGACAAAAACGACAAAAACGACAAAACCAAUCCCAAAUCACCCGAGAAAAAGGGCGAAGCAGACGCUAAAGAUGGAAAAGGUGGCAAAGGAGAAGACGGCAAGCAGGAAGAAAAAAAGGACGACGAAACCAUCAAGUUACGGGGAGCUCUUGCGGGUGCCGUCGUAUCCGAAAAACCAAACGUUCGAUGGGAAGAUGUCGCCGGAUUGGAAUCGGCCAAAGAAUCUCUCAAAGAGACGGUCAUUAUGCCCGUCAAGUUUCCGCAAUUGUUUGUGGGAGAACGUCGUCCGUUCAAGGGCAUUCUAUUGUUUGGCCCUCCCGGAACGGGCAAAUCCUUUUUGGCCAAGGCGGUGGCCACCGAGGCCGAUUCGACCUUUUUUUCUGUCAGCAGUGCCGAUUUGAUUUCCAAAUGGCAGGGCGAAUCUGAAAAACUAGUUCGAAAUCUCUUUGAAAUGGCCCGGGAAUCUCCAGGCAGUCGGGCUAUUAUCUUUAUUGACGAAGUGGAUUCCUUGUGUGGGAGUCGACAAGAAGGAGAAUCGGAUUCGGCCCGUCGGGUCAAGACGGAAUUUUUGGUCCAAAUGGACGGUGUGGGCAAGACCGAGGGUAGUGUGUUGGUGUUGGGAGCUUCCAAUGUGCCCUGGGAUUUGGAUGCUGCCAUUCGACGGCGGUUUGAGAAACGCGUGUACAUUCCCUUGCCCGCUGCACCAGCCCGAACCUACAUGAUCAGAAUGCAUUUGGGAGACACUCCCAACAAUUUGCAAGAAUCAGAUUAUAUCAAAUUGGGCCAUAUCUCGGAGGGUGCUAGUGGAUCUGAUAUUGAAGUCAUGGUAAAAGAAGCUUUGAUGGAACCCUUGAGGCGAUGCCAACAGGCCAAGCAAUUUGUCACGGACUCGAAAGAUAUGCUGAUCCCCUGUGAGAAGUAUCCCAAUUGCGCCCAUUGCAUUCCCAAAUUGUCCACCGACCCCCCAGGCAAGGAUUAUACUUGUCAAAAUUGCGGUGCCUUACGGAUGACCUUGUGGGAAGUAGAACCCUCGAAAUUGGAAGCUCCCCCCGUGCGUGUGACGGAUUUUGAAAAGGUCAUGCGGCAUUCCUGCAGUACCGUGUCCGCGGAAGAACUGAAACGAUUCCAAGAGUGGACGGCUCAAUUUGGGCAAGAUGGGGCAUAA